CAGCGGGCAUCGGGUCACCAGGCAUGACAGCCGGCACUGGGUCAUCAGGCAUGGGAUUGUCUGGCUCAACAGCGGGCAUCGGUUCACCAGGUAUGACAGCGGGCACUGGGUCACCAGGCAUCAGGUCAUUUGGCUCGCCAGCGGGCACCACGUCAUCUGGCAAGGCAGUGGGCACCGAGUCACCAGGCACGACAGUGGGCUCCGAGUCAACUGGCAUGACAGCGGGCACUGGGUCAUCAGGUACCGUAUCGUCUAUAUCGACAGCGGGCAUCGAGUUAACUGGCCUAAUGGGAUCAUCAGGCUGGAUCAGUUCAUCAGGCUGGGUAGAGACAUCAGGCUGAAUGGAGGCAUAAGGCUGAAUGGAGGCAUCAGGCUGGGUGGUGGAAUCAGGCUGGGUGGAGGCAUCAGGCUGGGUGGAGGC